AUGGGAAAGAAAGGUCUUCCAGCAUAUAUGAUGUUCUCUCUUACUGUACUAAUUCUAAUUUGUAACGGUGACGGGUUAUCUACUGGUAGGGGGGAUUCUCUUUCCCUGGGCGCCUCGCUUAUCGGAAAUCAGACAUUAAUUUCAAAGAAUGGAACGUUUGAAUUGGGAUUUUUCAGCCCAAACGGAAGCAAUAACUGGUAUAUCGGCAUCUGGUAUGCCAACAUAUUAGAGGAGAUCAUCGUUUGGGUGGCUAAUAGGCAGAGCCCAGCAGUAAAGAAGCCUGGCGUUCUGAAGCUGUCCGAAAAAGAUAGCUGGUUGCCCGGGAUGAGGUUCGGUGGACAGCAAAAGCUAGUCGGUUGGAAAAACUCAAUGGAUCCCGCUCCUGGCCUUUUCUCCUUUCAGUUGGAUCCAUCUGGAGCUACACGAUUCGUGCUAAAAUGGAACAAUUCUGUCCAGUAUUGGGAGAGCGGAACUUGGGACGGCCAUUUUUUCAGUGCUGUUCCAGAACUAAUAAACGGAGACUACUUCAACGCCACCAUCAAAAAUACUAGUUCUGGUUUGUAUUUCAGUUAUAAAUUGUUGAAAGGGAUCUCACGUUUUCUCCAAAUCAAGUCCGGAGGAAUACAAGAAUAUGCUUUGUUUGAUGCCACUAAACGGACCCUAGUGGCAACUCAUCCUAGAGAUCAAUGUGCCGUAUAUGGUCUCUGUGGCGCUUACGGAAGCUGCAACUCAAACAAUCUUCAGUUCUGCACAUGCGUGGAAGGAUUUGCCCCGGCAGACAAUCGCGCCUGGAAUUCGCAAGACUGGUGGUCAAGUGGCUGCAUUCGACAGACCCCAUUAAACUGCGGUACCAGAAAAUGCAGCACAGACGAAUUUUUUGACCCUGGUGUAAUGUUGCCUGAUGAUUCAGCUUCGUCCACCCUGCACACACAAAGAAAGAUUGCAAGAAAGCCUGUCUCAGCAACUGCUCGUGCACUGCGUUUGCUUUCAAUUCUCCUUCCGGUGCCUGUCAAAUCUGGUUUGGAGAUUUGCUAA